GCAGUUGCCGGUGAGCUUGGGAGAGCCUUGGGCGCUGAGGCGCUAUAGGUGUUUUCCCCUGAUUAUUACACAGAACAAACUGAAAUCCGAGACCUCAGGUCCCAGAUAAACUCUAAUCUUCUGAAAGAGGCAAUGGCUGUGGCCCUGGGUUGUGCAAUCCAGGCCUCCUUGAAUCAGGGCUCUGUGCUGCAAGAGUAUGACACUGACUGUGAAGUGUUCCGCCAGCGCUUCAGGCAGUUCCAGUACACAGAGGCAGCAGGGCCUCAUGAAGCUUUCAACAAACUCUGGGAGCUUUGCUGUCAGUGGCUGAAGCCAAAGAUGCGGUCUAAGGAGCAAAUACUGGAGCUGCUGGUGUUGGAGCAAUUCCUAACUAUCCUGCCCACGGAGAUAGAGACCUGGGUGAGGGAACAUUGCCCAGAGAAUAGAGAAAGAGUUGUGUCACUGAUAGAAGAUUUACAGAGAGAACUUGAGAUACCAGAGCAGCAGGUCGAUAUGCAUGACAUGCUCUUGGAAGAACUGGCUCCUGUAGGAACAGUACCCAUGCCAAACAUGCACCUAGAGACAUCUGCACUUCAGGGAAUGGGACCUGUCCAGGAGGCUCCCGUGACAGGGGCCUGGAUCCCACAGGCAGGGCCUCCGGAGCUGAACUAUGGUGCUGCUGGGGAAUGCCAGCCCUUUCUGGAUCCUGGAUAUCCAUUACCAAAGCUUGAUGUGACCUUCCCACUGGAGCAUAGAGAAGAGCCAUGGGUGAAAGAAUUACAGGAUUCCAAAGAAAUGAAACAAUUACUUGAUUCUAAGAUAGGUUUUGAAAUUGGGUUAGAAAAUGAAGAAGAUGCUUCAAAACAGAAAAAAAUGGAGAAUAUGUAUCCAUUUGUUGUAACAUUAGAGGGGAAUGCUCUACAUGGUCCCAUUUUGCAAAAAGACUAUGUACAGUUAGAAAAUCAGUGGGAACCACCCCCAGAGGAUUUACAGACAGAUUUAGCAAAACUUGUAGAACAUCAGAACCCCACUCUAGGAGAGACACCCGAGAGUUCCAACCUAGAAGAACCUCUCAACCCUAGGCCUCAGAAGAAAAAGAGUCCAGGAGAGAAACCUCACCGAUGUCCUCAGUGUGGAAAAUGUUUUGCUCGGAAGUCACAACUUACUGGACACCAGCGAAUUCAUUCGGGAGAGGAACCUCACAAAUGUCCUGAAUGUGGCAAAAGAUUCCUCCGUAGUUCAGACCUUUAUAGGCACCAACGGCUUCAUACAGGAGAGAGACCUUAUGAAUGUACUGUAUGUAAGAAGCGGUUCACUCGGCGGUCACACCUUAUCGGGCACCAGAGAACACAUUCUGAAGAAGAAACAUAUAAAUGCCUGGAGUGUGGAAAAAGUUUCUGUCAUGGAUCAAGUCUCAAAAGACAUCUGAAAACUCACACAGGUGAAAAACCUCAUAGAUGUCAUAGCUGUGGGAAGAGUUUUAGUCGACUGACAGCACUUACUUUGCACCAGAGAACGCAUACUGAAGAGAGACCUUUUAAAUGUAAUUAUUGUGGAAAAAGCUUUAGACAGAGACCAAGCCUCGUUAUUCAUUUAAGAAUUCAUACAGGGGAGAAGCCAUACAAGUGUAGUCAUUGUUCUAAAAGCUUCAGACAGAGAGCAGGUCUUAUUAUGCACCAAGUUACUCACUUUAGAGGACUUCUUUAAGAAUUGUUAAGAGAAAUAGGUCCUGUAGAGAUUAAUAUUAGCUCAAAAAAGUCAUAAUUUGGAAGAAGCUCUUUGAACUUACAAGAACAGCAUUUUUUUUU